GCAAGUGUCAAAAAAUGCGAGCCAGCUAACGUUAGUUAGAUAAUUAGCUAGCACACUGGCAAACAUUACCUACACAGCUAGCCUGAUAACUACAGCCUCUGUAUUCACAUGUUCUGACUAUAUUUACAGUUUAAAGUUAUGUUGCUCACAAUACGUUGUUUGGUGAUAUAUUGUGUAUCUAGUUAUCAAUGUUCAACUUCAAUUACACUUUGCUGUGUCUAGCUAGCCAGCUGGAGAUGUACUAGUUAGCGAACUAUCCACUUGGCUCAUGGCUAGACGCAGUUAUUUGACAGCUAACUUAGCUAGCCAGUGAACUACACUUUUUAGCAUUACAAGCUAGCUAGCUGACUGAAUGUCCAUAAUGUACUAAAGUAAACCUAUUUCCUAUUAAUUGAUCUCAGGUAUCUGCACAGAGGGAGCAGCCCAUCAUGACUUAAACUGACAACCCUGCAGAAUUUUUGCAACAAACAUAAUCGAGAGCCAAAUGGUAAAUAACUCUUCUCAACAUCACUAUCUUCAGGGAAUGUGCCACAUCUCUGGUACCCCAGUUUAUGUGCUCAUGUUUGACCUCUUUAUGUUUUCCUCAGGUUUUUGUAAGCUUUCAAACAUGGGUGACAUGAAGACCCCUGAUUUUGAUGAUCUUUUGGCUGCCUUUGACAUCCCUGAUGCCACCAGUUUGGAUGCUAAAGAACCCAUCCAGGAGAGUCAUGAUGAGGCAGAAGGUCAGCUGAAACACACAGAUAUGUGUAUGGAGGACACUGUAUCUGUUCAUCAAGCUGUAGGUGUGUCUGAUGUUCCUGCUGUCAGUGUUAUAGUAAAGAACACAAGUCACCAGGAGUCAUCUGAUAGUGGUGGAGAGGGCCCACAUUUCAGACACCCAUUGCAAAAUGGGUUCAGGGGGUCAGGGGCCUCAAUGGACUCGCAUCAGAUAGGCCACUGUGGUUCUAAGUCUUUUGUGUGUGCUUUGAAUGGGAAUGGCUCAAGAGGACUCUUAGGGAAGACCCCCGUCCAGCACAAACCUGAAGGAACACCGUCCUUCUCUCAGUCCUUUUCCCAGUUCAGCCCCAUCUCUAGUCCAGAAUCUGAAGACUCCCCAAGCAAUGGGGUUGAUAUCCAUCCAAAACAAGAGAGACCCUACUUCCCUGCUGCCUCUAUAUUUAUGUCUGCAGAACCCCUAAUGUCAGACAAUCAGAAAAAACAGCUGUCUUACAGCAUGUUUGACAAGUGCCAUGAAGUAGACUGUGAAGAACUUGAGAACCUUCCAAGGAGCAAAGGAGAAUCUAUCAAAUCAAAGGAUACCAGAACAGAGGCGAAGCCUGACAGGAAUGCCAGUAACCAGAAGGACAAGGGAGAUUGUCAUAGUAGUGCAGUGCUCCCUACAAAUGAUAAUAACAUUAUUGAGUCAAGCAGUAACAAUAUAGUGACUACGUCUAAUAUGCCCACCUCUCAUCCAUGUGUCAAAACUCCAACAUCCAAACUAUCGUCUUGCCUUGAGGCAUUAGUGGCUCUGAAUGCCAGAAAGGAUCCCAGUGAACCACCAAACUCUGGAGACUUAUCAGUGGCUCAUGACUGCACCAUGAAGGUUAGUCCAAAAAUGCCCAUGUCACCACAAAGUCCCAGGAGUCCUCUUGAAGCUGUGAAGCGGUUAAUGAAACCACCUGACAGUCCUGUAAGCAUUUGCAGUGACAGCAGUGGCAAGGGAUCCCCAGCACUGGCAUCUGGCUCACCCCCAGCCAUACCGAGGGUCAGAAUAAAGACCAUUAAAACCACGACUGGGCAAAUCCAGCGCACGGUUACCAGUGUAGUACCUGAUUCAGAAAAUGAGGAGAUCCACUCUGUUGAGUCCUCCCCAUCCCAGAGAAUUGUUGUUGAGGAGGCCUACUCUAGUUUGUCUCCCUAUCCCUCUCAUAAUGUGAUAAGCGAUAUCAUUGUUGAUAUGCCCACCAAAAGUACACCAGUUGGUAUUCUGCCAUCAAAGGUUACUGAUGACAAAUUAAAGGGGAACUGCAAGAGGCCAAGACCAAUGCAGUGCCCAACUAUUUUUCAUAAUAUAAGUAGUCCUGUAAUGAGACCUAUGCCGGUUGCCCAGCACGGGCCUUCUACACAAAAGAGGAUUUCAUCAGUUCAAACGGGCAACUCGCCCAACACAAGCUUCCUUCCCAAGGCAAUGCACUUAGCUAACCUGAACCUAGUCCCUCACAGUGUUGCUGCAUCAGUCGCAGCACGCUCCACCUCCCAUCAACAGAGCCAACAACAUGCACUUUCCUCCUCUAUGGUGUGCAGCACUGUCCCAUUGAUGCAUCAAGUAAAAAAAGAUGCCCCUAAUCCACGUGCUGCCAUUCCGAGCACAGCAGCAGGUACUUUAAACAGACUGUUAAACAAUGCCAACCCUGUACCCACAUUCGUACCCAACCUGAACCCACCACCUGAGAGCAACAUCAACUUGCCACCACGUGGAUAUUGCUGCCUUGAAUGUGGGGACUCCUUUGGGGUAGAGAGGAGUCUCGCCUAUCAUUAUGGCAGGAGGAGUGUGCACAUUGAAGUAGCCUGCACCCACUGUGCUAAAACCAUGGUAUUCUUCAACAAGUGUGCCCUGCUGGCACAUGCACGGGAACAUAAGAACAAAGGUGUGGUGAUGCAGUGUACACAGCUAUUCAUGAAGCCCAUUGCAGAGGGACAGAUGUUUGCACCCUUGAUCACUGAAUCCUCUGUGCAUGUGGGCUCCCAUGUGCCCCCAUUAUCCUCACCUAAAACCCAACCAGUCAUGCCCCUCUAUCCAGACAAAGUCAUCCGCCACAGACUCCGCUGCCUGGAGUGUAACAAGCAGCUAUCAGACUACAGAGGUCUCGCAGGCCAUUACCAGAGUCUGUCAGAAGAAAUGAAGGGACUGGUGAGUAAAGAUUGAAUUGAAAUUAUGGUAAUUGCUGAGAUGUUCACUUUCAUAGGCCAGGUAAUAAUGACAGUAUUUCUAUACGUUUUGCUUUGUAUUAUUUUUUUCUGUAUAGAUGUGUAAGGUGUGCCCAAUGCUGCUACCGAACAAGUGCAGCUUCCAGGCUCACCAGCGUAUUCAUGCCCACAAGUCCCCUUACUGCUGCCCUGAGUGUGGUGCGCUGAGUCGCUCUGUGGACAUACAGAAGCAUGUGAAGGAGAACUGUCUUCACUAUGCACGCAAGGCUGGCUAUAAGUAAAUCAAUACUAAAGUAUAUGCUUUUGUUAGGACCUUGAAUGGGACUCGGUGUAUACAUAUCACAAAAGUGUUCUAUAACAUUGGCCACCUUGUCUAAAUCCUUUGUUUUCUUUCAGGUGUCUUCACUGUGAUAUGGUUUUCAUGUCAUUUAAUGUGCAGAAGAGUCACAUUGAAGAAAAACACUGUGAGGUCUUCUAUAAGUGCACUAUCUGUCCAGUUGCCUUCAAGUCUUCCGAUGGAUUUCAAAUGCAUUUGACAACUAAGCACAAUGGCAGCAUAGUGUCUCCUCAGUGAGUUUAACUAAAUGCAUGUUCUGAAAUUGCAUAUUUGCUAACCCAUCUUAAAGUUUUACAUGAUUGUUUGUAAUGCUGUUUAUGCUCUAAUUGUGUUGAUUUUCUGUUGCAGGUUAAUCUUCAAGUGUUCUUGUGAGACAGUGUUCAAGAAAAAGCAGUUAUUGCUUCAACACUUCCAUCAGAAUGCCAAAAAGCUUGCUACCUGUGUGUUCAAGUGCCCUGAGUGCACUUCAAUCUUCAUCCAAAAGCAGUCGUUAAUGCAGCAUUUCAAGGUUUGCAUCAUCCUCAAAUUCAACCUAGUCACAUUGACAUAAAAUGGGGCCCAUAAUGUUAUGUUUUUGGUUCUGUCUUUUUCAAAGAUGUCUGCCUAUAUUACAGGGGGUGCAUGGAGGAAUCUUCAAAGAGGAGGUGGAGAAAAGCACAAAACCAACAGAGAUUAUUGCACAGCACCAAGAUGUUACCUCAGCAUUCCACCAGCCAAAGGUAAACACUCCCAUUAAACACUCUGAUGCAACCAGAAAGAGGGCCAACUUGGCCGCUCGGGACAGGAAGACCAAUCUGAAAAAUGCUGGCUGGACCUGUGGAGAGUGCCUGCACUGGUUGCCUGACCGAGAAGCCUACAUCUCUCACAUGAAGAACAGCCAUGGGAGGGUGAGGAGCAACUUAGUUAUUUUGUUGCUCAUUCAAACUAAUUAGCUGUAACAUUUUAUAUUAUAGGACAGAUUAUAAUUUAGGGACCAUUUUAGAUGUGGAAUUUACAACUUUCAGGCCCUUAAUGAAAUUAAAUCAUUCCCAAGUCAGCUCAACCCUAAUUAAGUAAAUCUUCUCUCUGUGCUUUCUGUAGUCACUGAAGAGGUAUCCAUGUCGGCAGUGUGAGAGGUCUUUCAAUUCCUCUACAAGUUUGAGAAGACACAUUCGCAAUGACCACGAUGGAAAGAAGAAAACCUUUACCUGCUGGUGAGAUUUAUCCUGAAAUCUACAUUAAAGUACAUUACUUCCUGAAAGGUUGGGGCAUAUCUGGCACUGAUUGGCCCCUGGGUGGUGCUGCAGGAAAUGGUCAAACAUGUAAAAACAAAGCUGUGGUUACCACAUUUUAUGACUAUUUUUUUGUAUAUGAAAUAAUGUAUUCUUAUUGUGCAGGUAUUGCACAGAUGAGAGGACAACAUUCACCACAAGCAUCAUGUUGAAGAACCACAUCAGUUUGAUGCAUGGGAUCAGAAAUCCAGACUUUAGUCUAAUGUCAAAAUCAGCCCCUCUGGAUACCAGCAAAGUCUUGGGAGAGGUGAUUUUAAUUUUCUUAUUUAAAUUUAAAAGUAAUACCAAUAUGUAUGAUCUGUUUUUCAUGUUUUCUGCAUUUUACUCAUUGUCAAAAAUUACACUUGAAAUCUAAUCCUUUAACUUUGACGUGCAGGGGCUCGUUUCAAAGAGACCUGCGGUGGCAUCCCAGAGGGAGGGGAAGGAUGGUGCUGCCCUAGAAGGCUCCUCUACCAAACGUCUGAAAUCUCACUUUCGCUGCUCUAAGUGUGGUUUCACCACAGAGGAUGGCACACAGUUCCAGCAGCACAUACCUCAGCAUAAAACCGAUAAAAACACUCCCCAAUGCCUGUACUGUGGAUUAUGUUUUGCAUCUCGGCUGUCUCUCAACAGACACCUGUUUAUUGUGCACAAAGUCAAAGACCCAGAGGAAGAGAAGAAGGAAAUGAUGGACGUGGAGUAUGAGAGCAGAAAGAAGCAGGAAGAGGGCAUGGGGAAAACAGUGGGUGUGAAUGAGGGAGAGGACUUGCCACUUCCAUUAGUUAAAUCUGACCCUCUACGGGAAGAGGAUCCAACCAGGUUGCACUGUGAGACUGCAGUAAGACCAUUGACUGUAAAUUCACAUACAGCUCUCACCUAGAGAUUCAUGGAUAGUCUUCAGCAGGCAAAAUAGAAUCAAUAAGAGCAAGUUUGAGCUUCUUAAAAGCUAUCUCCAUUUCCUUGGGUAAUAGUAGUCUAAAUUCUUUUUGGUUCUUUUUUUUGUGCCUUAAAACGAAAUGCUUUUUAUGUUUCUCAAGCCGUUGGGACUGGCAGAUGUUCCGCAUCAACUGAGGAGAUAACAUUUAUCUUGUGUAAUUUAUGGCAAAGAUUCUAAUUAAUUAUUUACUUUUAUUUUACCAUUUGAAGCUUGCAUGUUUUGUAUUGUAUUAAAUGUCUUUACGAGCCUCUGGUAUAUAACCACACCCACCUGUUAAGGCAAACUGUUUGGUUAAUCAGUAUUCUCUAGUGACUCCAGUUACUCUGACAAGAGACUCAGGAACAUCAAGGAUCUGUCCCUCAGGCUAACCUCCCAUUUAUGUUUGGAAUAAUGAAAGUCUAUAGACUUUGCUUUAGUGUAUGGCAGCCAUAUCAAAUGCUUGGUUUCCUACUUAAGGAUUGUUUUGUCCUUACAAAACACAUGAUAAUAGAUGGUGCUUCAUGCAGGUCGUGGCGAUACUGAUAUUAUGUAACAGUAUUGCAACUUCUAUCAUACUGUAUGUGUAUGUUGAAAUAUUUACUCUGACCUAGGUAUCACUUAGCACAUAAUAUAUAUUUGAUAUCAAUUCCAUACCACAUGGUAUGGAAUUUAUUAAAGCUGGUUAAACUACCAAAAUAGCACUUUUCUACAAAAUCAAAUACAGGUGUUGGAGUUAAAAAGGCAAUCAGCAGUUGCUACAUACAUUUUUGGACCUAUAAAUUAAUGAUAUGUACCCAUUGAUUCUUGAAAAAUAUAACGUAUAAAUUCCUUCAUGAGCUUAGUUCAACUGUCAUACAUUAGUAAAUGUAAACAAACAUGUACAACAUGGUUAAAGCUAUAAUUUGGAUAUCAUGAAUGGUCAGUCCUUGCAUCCAGAGCUAUGGUUAUAAUUGUUAGUGCUUACGUUUCUCCAGCCCCAUCUGUUUUUUACUAAAACGGGCAGGGAAAACACUUUAUUAUUUCUACUGCUGAUUGCUGCUUUAAAUGCCUUGCUGAAAGAUCUUACACUUUUUUUUACUGUACUCUUGCUUUUGUACCCUGAUAAAAGUGAGCUUUCAUUAAUUUAAAAUGCUCUUAUAUCUAUGUUUAUAGUAGUGGUGGCUUGUCUUAGCGAUGUCAUUGUUUUUCUUGGUUAAUUGUGAUCUUUGGCGAGUGUUCAUUGAAUGUGAGAAAGCAUCUGUUUUGCAAGAUAAUGCAGGGUGUUGAAAAUGGCUCAUUUCUAACGGUGUACUAAGGCAAUUGAAAGAGCAGUGAUUAAAUGUAAAGGGUUAUAGCAUGUUUGAGUGCAUAUGAAAUAAGCUGAAGAUAGAGACCUGUGCAGCUCUUCCUUCCUACCUCCACAGUAUAUGGCAGUGAUUGUUAAACUUGGGAUGUUUUGGGAGAUUUCACCUUUGGUCUUGCUGCAAUGUAAAAUGUAUUGUUAUUAUUCUCAAAAUGUAUAUCAUCUCCCACAAUAUUCAAUUUUAUAAAUUACUUUGGAGAUUGAUAUUUAUAGUCACAUUGACGUAUUUGUGAACUUUCUAUUUAAGUGCUGUAUGAACUGUUCAUUUUCUAGUGGUUAUCUGAAUCAGUGAUCAUGCUUUAAACAGAUCCACUGUUAACUCAGUGGCUGAUAUGAAACUUCACAUCUCAGUGUUUUUAUAGCCUGUCGAGAAACGUUGUACUUUUGAUAAUAUGUACAAUAUUAAGGACUUGUAAGCUAACCUAUGUACACAGUAGGUAAUUAACCUUUUAUUAGCAGCAUUUUAAGCCAUCACAUAUCCAUUCACCCUGCAUUGGCAAUUGUGCCUUGCUGUAAUGUUUACUUAAAAUAAUUGCAAAUAAACAUGUACAUGUC